GUCUGUAAAGUUAAAAGGUUCGUUUUGUGCUUUCAUAUGCAAAAUUAGGAAUUGACAAUUCCAUUCCAUAUUAGUCGUUAAAUAAGACAAAAAUGUUAAAGUUAACCAUUAAUUAACUAAAGUGCCGCAUGGUAAAAGUAAAUAAAUACGAACGGAUAUCAUUCCCUCAACUAUAAAAUUUUAAAACAAAAUUAACAGAAAAAAAAUUAAGGUCUUUUUUCUCUAAAUUUAUGUGUAUAUAGAAGAGUGCAAAUAAAUUUUGUAAAUAUUUUAAUUAAAUUUAAAAGGCACAGUGGAAAAGUGAAGAAAAAUUAAGUUAAAGUUAAAAUCGUGUACAUAUAUAAAUAAAAUCAAUCAAUAAAUUAUGUUAAAAAUGUUAAAAUUUUCUAUAUUUUUAAUGAUUCUCUAUGCACACUACGCACAAUGCUUAUGGGAUUAUGCUAUAACCGCCAAAACAAAAAUAGUAUUUUAUGAUGAACAUUGGCGAGAGAUCACCACGUCCGCUCAUCAAUUCGAUCAGCUUUCGGCAAUUGCUUUUGAUGAAACCGAAGAAAUUGUUUAUUUUGCCGAUCGCUUGCACAACAACGGCAGCAUAUUCUCGCUAAAAAUACCCACGGGACAAGAUGAUCCACAUGUUAUAGAGAAAAUUGUGCAACGUACACAAAAAGAAGUUAUAACUGGCAUAGCUUAUGACCCUCUUAAUCGUAAUGUUUAUUGGGUUGAUAAAUUAAACAGAAAAAUUUACUUUAUUUCCAUCGAUGCUCAUGAAAAUGAUCUUCCGAAACCGCUAAUGGAUUUCACAAAUGAAGAUACUAUGCCCGAUGGCAUAGCCAUUGAUAUUUGUCGCCGUAAAAUUUAUUGGACAAAUUCAAAUUUUAAAAAUGCUUCUAUAGAACGUAUGGAAUUGAGUGGGGAGAAUCGUGAAGUUGUCAUAAAUAAAGAUCUUUAUUUACCUCAUGGCAUAGUGGUAGAUCAAUUGUCCGAUCGUAUUUACUGGGUGGUUGAUCAGCAGGGCAUCCAUUUCUCCGUAGAAAGUUCGCGUUUAGAUGGUAGCGAUCGUGAAAUAAUUGUUAAGGGCCUGGAUAGUACUCCCUCUAAUUUGGCUGUGACAAAAGAUUUAAUAUUUUGGACUGAUCGCAGACACAAUGCUGUUUGGACACACACUAAGAUGCCCAGCAAAAAGCUCAAUGAAACUGAUGAACAAAACGAAGAAACCUCAAAACCACAUAUUGUUCUUAAAUUAUCAGAAACGCCCAGUGGCAUUGUAUCACGUUCCCGCUACAUGACAACGCUGCAAAAUGAUAAACACUGUUCGGUAGUGGUAAAUAAAAUCAAACAUCAUCUCUUAAAUUCACCACAAACAAAAGUCACUAGAAAUGCAACUGAAAAAUCGGAAUCCAAGCGGGACUAUUGUCUAAACGGUGGUGAAUAUAUAUCACAAAGUGGCAUUUGUAUUUGUAAAAUUGGUUUCAAAGGUGCACGCUGUGAAACGAAUGAGUGCCACAAUUAUUGUGUGCAUGGUACCUGUACCAUUUCAUCGUCUUCGUUUCCCAAAUGUGCUUGUCAACGUGGUUUCUAUGGUGACCGCUGUCAAGCGUAUCGCUGUUCGGGAUUCUGUUUCAAUGAAGGUGUAUGCAAAAUUGAAAAUGAUGGUGAACCAUCCUGCGAAUGUCCAGAUAAUUUUGGCGGUCAACGUUGUGAACAAAAUUCAACAGAGAUAUGUGCACUCUUUUGCAGGAUUUUAAAACACGAACCGGACGCAUAUGCACCAUUUGGAUGUCAUGAUAUUUGUGAAGAAUUGGCUUCAGAAAGCGAGGAUGCUGCUAAAAUAUAUGCUAUACCCACUUAUAAACAUUUGGAAGUCUGCCGAAAUCAAGUUACCUGGACAAACACUCUAAUCAUAUCACUAGCAGUUGGCAUCGUAUUAUGUCUGUCUCUAGUUCUAUUAAUUGUGCAUGGAGUGAGACGUUUCUAUAAACCAGCCAGACCAAGAAUUAAGAAAACCUUUGUGGUGCGUAGACAACCAGCCUGCUCCUCUGAUACACCUUUAACCAACCGACCCAUGGCCACCGAACAAUGUGAAAUUACAAUCGAGAACUGUUGUAAUAUGAACUAUUGUGAUACGCCUUGUUUUGAUCCGAAAUUGGUGCAACAAACAUUAUCGCGUGAUACGACUACCAAAGAUGACAAAAAAGUUUUAAUACACAAUAUGGAAGAUGAUUUAUAUUGAACUGAUGAUGAUGAGGCUGAUAGAAAAACAAAAUAAACAACUAUACACACGUUUUGGAUAAUAAAUACUAGCGUCCAUAAACAUCCAAGCGCAUACAUACACUUAAAAAAAGAGGCCUUAAUCUAUUCAAAUCACAGCCAUAGGUUUUUAAUUAAUGGCAGGUUAUUAAGUACUUAAACUACUUAUUUAUUCGCUCAAAUACUUUAGCAAAAAGGCCCUAUCCUUUCUUUAACAAAAGAUUCAAAUUAUUUUUAUCAUUUUAAAAUCAAAAAUCUAGAAUAGGGCUGGAUGAAAAUUUAACUUCUAUUACCAAAAUAUUAUUGUUUAUUGAAAGUAUUUAUUUCUGCAAGAGACGAAAUUUUUAAAGUCUUACAAUUACAAAAUUGUAAAAAUUUUACCGUCAAGAUACGAUUUUUUUACGAAUCGUUUAUGCAUUAAAUUUAUGUAUAUGUUGAAAACCUAAUUUGUAAAAAAAUUUGUUUGGUAUAUUUUCCUAUUUUUUAAGAUAAACUAAAAAAAAUAAUGGUUUCUACUUGGCAGAAUAAAUGCAUUCUUUAAAUAGAAAAUAUGAUUAUGUAUGUAGGUAUAUUAUAUGGAUUAAAUUAUUUAUUUUGUUUAAAGAAAUUAAUUAUAUGUGGUAAUUUAUGCUAAAGACACGUACAUACAUUAUUUUUAGAAAAUAUUUAACUUCCAACAUAAAAAAUUGUUGUUCAUGAAACGGGUUUACUUAAUUUAGUUAAUAAUUAUCAUUCUAAUAACUAUUAGAAACAAAAAUAUUAUUUGAUAAACAAAAAAAUAUUGCACAAAUUGCAAGUAAAAAAUAAAACAAAGAUAUCAUCAACAAAAAAUGUCAGGCUUUAAGCAAUAGCACUUAAAUUAGUUAAAAAAGACGUUAACAAAAACAAAAACAAUCAUGUAAAAGCUUAUCAAAUGGCUUCUAACACAUUUCGCCUAACAAAAAAAUACCAUUUAGAGUUUAGUUAUAAUUUAUUUUGAAAUGUGAUUGAAUUACUUAAUUUUUAUUACAAAACUAUUUUUUUUGUAAAUAUACUAAUAUGAAUUGUUCAAAAUUAUUAAAAAUCAUCAUCAUCAUUAUAUUUAAAAUAUGUAGUUUGUUAACCCCCUUUAACAAUAAAAAUCUUAACUUUAAGUUACCAGUAACUAUAAACUUUAUUUUCAAAAUUCUCUGUGGUUUAAUUUAAUGAAUAAUAAUAUGACAUAAUUUCAGUGAAAAUUUAAUAUUAAGACCUAUAGUUACAGCUUACUUGUCGUUAAGUUUUUAUUGUUAAUGAGUUUAAUAUGAAAAAAGUUCCUUUGUUAUUAAUAAUAUAAUAUAUGCUUAAUUUUCUAUAUAUAUAUAUGAAUGUAUAUAUUUAAAGAUCACACCAAAUAACUUAAAUGAAAUUAAUUAUUUUUAUUUGAUUUGAAAUUAACUACAACUCUUACAGAAAAUGUUUGCAGUAUAUGCCUGGAAAUUGUACAGAAUCCUACAUUUUCUGUAAGCUAUAUCUAUAUGUAUAUAAAAUUUCUAUUUUGAGGAAUUUUUAUAUAAUUCUUAAUGGGUUUUUUAUUUUUUAAUUGUUUUAGUUUUCUUCACACACAUUCAUUCAUUUUAACUGCCACGAUAUUCUUUUCUUUUAGUUAAAUUUUAAAAA